AUGUUCUUAUCCAGGAGACCAAGAAGACUGUUGAAUGUUGACAUUCGUUACCUACCUCUACUCGUCUCUUUACCGCUGAGCCCCAAAAGCGAGUUGAAGGCUGGUGGUGGGCGCGACUUUGCUCUCAAAUCAGGGCGCACUAUGAAGGUGCUCGAUUUAGAUGAGUUCCUCGACCGUGACAACCAUAUUACAAAGCUCAUCAACAAAGAGCAUUCGUUCGGUGCUGUCUUUGCUGAUUCGGAACACAAAUUUUCGGCACUGAGCAAGAUGCGUGCCCAGCAGAAUCGUAAAGCCAAAUAUGCAAAUAGCACCCAGCCGUGCUGA